GCCUAGCGGUGUACACCCACAUGCCUUUAUGAAAUGUCUCAUUAUGCCGGUGGAAGAAAUAGUCCCAUGAAUGUGCUUUUUCAGGGAUGGUGACAACAGAAUGUUUUAAGUCUAUUCACUACCACAAGGAUCAAUGGCACUUCUGCCAAAGACUUUGCUCAUGGGUACAAUAGCGCGUGUCAGCACUUUCUGACAUUAGAGGGUCUCCCGUGCGAGGUUUCUCAUGCUUGCCUGGAAACAUACCUUCAAAAGAUAGUCUCCCAGGACGUGAGCCCAGACAUAAAGGAGCCUGCCUAAGAGCUCAUUUCAAUUCUCUGCAGAGGCUCUAAUAUGAAAACCAAAAAUCUCAGUGAAAACUGAACCGAAUGGGGAUUGAGCUGGUCUGCCUGUUCCUGCUACUUCUAGGAAGGAAUGAUCACGUCCAAGGUGGCUGUGCCUGGGGUGGUGCAGAAACCUGCUCAGACUGCCUGCUCACAGGACCUCACUGUGCCUGGUGCUCCCAGGAGAAUUUCACCCACCUGUCUGGAGCUGGCGAAAGGUGUGACACCCCAGCGAAUCUUUUAGCCAAAGGAUGCCAAUUACCCUUCAUCGAAAACCCUGUCUCCCAAGUAGAAGUUCUUCAAAAUAAGGCUCUCAGCGUAGGCCGACAGAAAAAUAGUUCUGACAUUGUUCAGAUUGCUCCUCAAAGCUUGGUUCUUAAAUUGAGACCAGGGGGUGAGCAGACUCUACAAGUGCAGGUCCGCCAGACAGAAGAUUACCCAGUAGAUCUGUAUUACCUCAUGGACCUCUCUGCCUCCAUGGAUGACGACCUCAACACAAUCAAAGAGCUUGGCUCCCGGCUCGCCAAAGAGAUGUCUAAAUUAACCAGCAACUUUAGACUGGGCUUUGGCUCUUUUGUGGAAAAGCCCGUUUCUCCUUUCAUGAAAACAACCCCAGAGGAAAUCACCAACCCUUGUAGUAGUAUCCCCUAUUUCUGCUUACCUACGUUUGGAUUCAAGCACAUUUUGUCAUUGACUGAUGAUGCCGAGAGAUUCAAUGAAAUUGUAAGGAAACAAAAGAUCUCUGCUAAUAUUGACACACCUGAAGGUGGAUUUGAUGCAAUCAUGCAGGCUGCUGUGUGUAAGGAAAAGAUUGGCUGGCGCAAUGACUCGCUCCACCUCCUGGUUUUUGUGAGUGAUGCCGAUUCUCAUUUUGGAAUGGACAGCAAGCUGGCAGGCAUUGUCAUUCCCAAUGACGGGCUCUGUCACUUGGACCACAGGAAUGAAUACGCCAUGUCAACUGUCUUGGAGUAUCCAACUAUUGGCCAGCUCAUUGAUAAACUGGUGCAAAACAACGUGCUACUGAUCUUUGCGGUCACCCAAGAACAAGUCCAUCUGUAUGAGAAUUAUGCGAAACUCAUUCCUGGAGCAACCGUGGGACUGCUUCAGAAGGAUUCUGGGAACAUUCUUCAGCUGAUCAUCUCUGCUUACGAAGAAUUGCGGUCUGAGGUGGAACUGGAAGUAUUAGGGGACACAGAAGGACUCAACCUGUCUUUCACAGCUAUCUGUAACAAUGGCAUCCUCUUCCCACACCAAAAGAAAUGCUCCCACAUGAAAGUCGGAGACACAGCAUCAUUCAAUGUGACUGUGAGCGUAUCCAACUGCGAGAAAAGAAGCAGGAACCUUAUCAUAAAGCCUGUGGGGCUGGGGGACACCCUGGAAAUACUUGUCAGUGCAGAAUGUGACUGUGACUGCCAGAGAGAAGUAGAAGUCAACAGCUCUAAGUGCCACAACGGGAAUGGCUCCUUCCAGUGUGGGGUGUGUGCCUGCAACCCCGGCCACAUGGGUCCUCACUGCGAGUGCGGCGAGGAUGUAGUGAGCACGGAUUCCUGUAAGGAGUCCCCGGCUCACCCCUCAUGCAGCGGAAGGGGCGACUGCUAUUGUGGGCAGUGCAUCUGCCACUUGUCUCCCUACGGAAGCAUCUAUGGACCUUACUGCCAGUGCGACAACUUCUCCUGUCUGAGACACAAAGGCCUACUCUGCGGAGAUAAUGGUGACUGUGACUGUGGCGAAUGCGUGUGCCAUGAUGGCUGGACAGGCGAGUACUGCAACUGUACCACCAACAGGGACUCAUGUGCAUCUGAGGAUGGAGUGCUGUGCAGUGGGCGUGGGGACUGUGUCUGCGGCAAGUGCAUUUGCAGAAACCCUGGAGCCUCGGGACCCACCUGUGAACGCUGUCCUACCUGUGGCGACCCCUGUAACUCGAAACGGAGCUGCAUUGAGUGCUACCUAUCUGCAGAUGGCCAGGCCCAAGAAGAGUGCGCAGACAAGUGCAAAGCCACGGGUGCCACCAUCAGUGAGGAAGACUUUUCAAAGGAUGCUUCUGUCUCCUGCUCUCUACAAGGAGAAAAUGAAUGUCUUAUUACAUUCCUAAUAACUACAGAUAAUGAAGGGAAAACCAUCAUUCACAACAUCAAUGAGAAAGACUGCCCCAAACCUCCAAACAUUCCCAUGAUCAUGUUGGGGGUGUCACUGGCUAUCCUGCUCAUUGGAGUUGUGCUACUGUGCAUUUGGAAGCUGCUGGUAUCAUUUCACGACCGGAAAGAAGUUGCUAAAUUUGAAGCAGAACGAUCUAAGGCCAAGUGGCAAACGGGAACCAAUCCGCUGUACAGAGGUUCCACCAGCACUUUUAAGAACGUGACCUACAAACACAGGGAAAAGCACAAAGCAGGCCUUUCCUCCGAUGGGUAGAUAGACCAGCUUCGGCCGGAGAAAGUCCGCUCCGCUAACGUUCAAGGUUAAGGCACUGUAUGAUUUGUCUGUCUUUGUUGCUUCAGAAGGAGCUCUGGAUGAUAACAACAGGUCAUCCAGAGAUCAGUCAUUCAGGGCAUGAAGGUGAGACAUUGUUUGCAGGUUGGAAAUAAUCAAGAAAAGAAUAUCCCAAGCAAAGAGGUGAAUUCAAGAUUGUUUGAAGAAUAUGAAUUCUGUUGUACUAAUGCCUCAAAAACAAACAAACAAACAAACAAAAAAAACAUCAAAAUGAUUCCCAGGAAGUUGAUUUGCAUUUGAAAAAUGUUCAGAAUUAAAAUCUCAUCUGCUUCCCGAAUCCAGCUACCUAAAGUCUUUGUCUCCAAAAAAUCCUGGAGUCCUUAUGCAUUGUGGACCCACACUAGCCGAUUACUCUAAACUUGCAGAAAAUCUCCUAGUUCCUGAAGGAAUUAGUUUCCUCUCUUCUUUUUUUUUUUCUUUUUGAGAAAGGGUGUCUCUAAGGCUUGUUCUGGAACUGACCAGGCUGCCUGGCCUUGAACUCAUGAUCUGCCUGUCUCUGCCUUCUGAUUGCUGGGAUUAAAGAUGUGCCACGUCAUGCUCAACGAUCUUAACUUUCAUGUAUGAGAAAUGAGAGUCUGGUUUCCCAUCAGCUGAAAGAAUCCAGUUCUCCCAGUGAUCUCACAAGUGAGAGAUUGAAAAUUAAAUCUUAAUCAUUGUCAUGGGCUUGUACUCUUAAAAGUCAUGGACACAAGUUUCUUUAUUUUUUUUUUUUUUGAAAGAUGAGGAAGGGGUAAUUUAUAAAUUACAUUGCUAGUAACACUGAAGAUAUGGAUCCUCCAUGCUCAAUUGCCCUCUGGUCGCCAAGUUUCCCUCCUAUUAUUCCAUAUUUCUCAAUUAUUGCACUCAGCUACAGUCUUCAAAACUCCACAACUCUCAUACAAAAGUGUCCACUUUAAAAAAAAAAAUCACUUUAAGUUAUUUGCUUAUCAACUAGAAUUUCAGGAAUAGAAAAGAAACCUAGCAUAACGGAAUAAAAGGUCACACGGCUUUAUAUCAAAUGUGUCAAGACUGCGGAAGCCCCUCAUGGAGUCUGCCCUUCCUGUAGGACAUUCCUAUCCCAGAUGCACCACCCAGCAAGCACAUCCCAGCUUCAGGGGGCGGGCAUGCCACGCACUUGCUCUAAAAAGUAAGACCACUUACAAAAUCACACAGGCAAUGAACGAGCCAGUAGCAGAUUGGAGGGCUAGCCUCUGGAGGGUUUCAUUUCCUAUGGUUACUGCUGCAUUACAAAGCACUUUGAUCUCACUGGAUCUCCACAGAGAAGCUGAGAGGAUGGGCAGGAGAGCUGGGCACAGACUCUCCAUCUUAUAACUGCAAGCCUUUUGUUCUCUCUACUGCACGAGACUCUUUUGUCAGUAAAAUGAUAGAAGGAUUGUAUUAGUUAUGGUAUAACUAUCUUAGUUUGAAAGUGUACUGACACAAAACAAAUAGCACAUAGGUCCCUGGAAUGUGGGCCGGCUGCUGUAUUUUUGUGCUGGACGUUAAGGUGAAGUCACCCCCUAGAUGAACGGAGGUCACUCCCUCCGUGUUUGUUAGCAGAGGCUUCGAAGGCAAAGGCUGUCCCUUGAAUUGUCAGCUUGGUCUCAAACCUCCUUCACUCCUGCCAGAUAGGUCUGUGUACGUUUUUCACAUCAUCUAGAUUCUUUCUUUUUUGGUUUUUAAAUAACUCAGGUAAAUUAGUCAGUUAGGGAGUACACAGCUAAAUUUAAAAGAAAAAAAUCUUAAUGAAUUUCCUUUGGAUCCCUGAAUGGUCCAAGACCUUGGAGUCUGGAGCAACCAGCAGAUCUACUCCCAGUGAUACGGCGAUACUGCAGUGGCUACACGGGGCUGGUUGUGCUGUUUUUGUGUUAUUGCUGAAAUGAGAUUUUAGAAAAUAGAAGUUUCUCUCAUGUGUGUAUCAGGAAGAAUUUGUUCUUUCUCUAAUUACCAUUUUGACCCAAGGCAGGACCUUGAAAGGGCCAAAACAUUAACAGUAGUGCUUCUGUUCACAGAAGAAUUAUGUUACAUGAAGAUGAAAUGGUUGUUUUUUUAAGUGGUUUUAUUGUAUUUUGCAUUGGCAUAAAUAAACGUAAUUUAAACAAUGAA